GAACAACGCAUGCCAUCCUAUUCGCUUUGGCCGACUUUCGUCAAGUUGCUUCUUACUCUGCUCUUGUUUCUUGUCUUUUUCUUUCUUUAAUUUUUUGAACUGCAGGGAUUCAUUAUGAAACCUCUGGUGAGCGCUGGUUUAGCCCAAGGUUGCACGGGCUUAUCGUUGAUUGGAAUCAUAUUUCUCUCUGUGCUUUCCUAUUUAUUCGCUCAUGAAGCUGAAGCUUUGAUGCAUGAUUUGGCUGGUAGUGGCUUAACAGGAUCUCAAGUCGCUAAAACUUGCAUUGGCGCCGUCGCCAUAUACACAGUUUUCUUUUUGUUUUGCGGGUCGCAAGUAUUGGUUGCUCGGUACCAGAAUCGCGUUCAGCUUUCGUAGAAUCCUUCAGGCUGUUUUCUUUCUUUUCCUUCCCUUGUUUCUAUAUAUGUAUAAACAAACUUCCGAAAAUGGUGGAAAGAUAGUUUGAUUCAAUUUCUACAAUUGCAUGGCCCCUUUAGAUUUUAGGCUUGCUUUCCUUUUCGUUUGAUUCAGUGUCAUUCGUAAUAUUUUAAUUCUUUCUCGGUUACGUGAGGGAGAGAGAGAGAGAAAUAAAAAGAGAAAAAAAAAAGAAGGUGAAUUCGUAUAGCAUGUUACGACUAAGCCGACAAAGUUUAUGGAUACAUGUAUAUGCACUAUGAUUCAUUAUUAUAUGAAUUUUUUUUUCAAACUUCCUACUCUUUUAAUACAAACUUUUCUAAUUACCUAUCUACGAAAUGAAUUGCCUUAGGAGAAAUUAAUAUAUACGGUUCCCUUCUCUUUGAUUUAAUACUACGAUUACUACUACUCUAUUUGCUUACUUUUACUUUCAGUCAUAAUUGUGUAUAGAAAGAAUAAAGCAACACUUUUUUAUUCACAGCGUACUUAUCUGGCAGUAUUAUGAAAGGCUAUUUUAAAAUAAAAUAACAAAUUUUUAGAUACCAGAAGCAGUAAAUGGAAGGACAGGGAAUUUGCAGAAACG